AUGACGCAUUACACAGACCAUACAUUACAGAUGGAACAGAAGGAAAGGGAAAUGGGAUCAGCAACUCUGGUUAAAGGGGAAUUCAAGAAGAAGUUGGAAAAAAUGGUUGAGGAGCAGGAGAAAAUAAGGGCAGAGCUUAAGGAGAGAGUAGCAGCUCAAGGCACAUUGGCACAUGAGGAAGUCGAGGAAUCCGAGUUAACGGAUUUGGUAUCUGAGGAAGCUUCUACUUCCAAGGUGCCUGUGCUGAAGAAGAAGAAACUUGUUUUGAAAGAUCAGGAAGCCAAAAAGUCGCCUAACCUCAGGAAGAGGAAGAGGGUGAAGGCUUAG